AUGGUAGUGUGUGGCAGCGACGGUGGUGGUAUGGUGCAGCGACGGUGGUGGUACGGGGCAGCGUCGGCGGUGGUGUGCGACAACGAUGGUUGGUUGGCAAACCUGCAACAGUUUGGUCAAUGUGGGUCGCCGAUCGAUCGUUUGGAAAUCGUAGAAGUCGAAUUGGUUACCGAAAAAUGUCGCCGAUGUACGUAUCAGUCGAGAAUCACUGGCGGAUGUGUGCUGGUUUGGAAAUCGCCAAUCGCCGGUUGUCAGGUGUUUGCUAGAACAGUGAUUUGUAGAGAUUUGGAUGUUGCUACUCGUGUUGCACGUACUGAUGGUUUGGACUGCAUUACUGUUGAAGGUGAUCAAGUUAGCAAAAAGGGUGGUAUGACAGACAAGGAAAUCAAUGCAUUAGUUGCUGAGCAGCAGAAAGAUGAUGCUGAGCUGGCACAUGAGAAAUCAGAAGUGGAACAGCUUAAACAAGAAGUUGCUAAUGCUAAGAAGCACAGUCUUAACAUCUCAAAAGCUCUUGAAAAGAAGAGGAAGUUGCUUGCAAAUGUGGAGACUCAAAUCGAGCAAGUGAAAAAUAAUAUUGAAAUGAAAAGAGAUGAAAUGAGAACAGAACUUGUUGAUCAUUUAAGCCCAGAGGAAAAGACUCUGCUCUCACGUUUGAAUCCUGAAAUAGCAGAACUUAAAGAAAGGCUUGUAGCCAGUAGGGCUACCCGAGUAGAGAUUGAAACAAGAAAAGCAGAGCUUGAGACGAAUCUAUCAACAAAUCUUGUUAGAAGGAGACAAGAACUGGAGGCAGUUCAACAGUCUCAAGAAGCUGAUAAUUUAAAUGGUGAAGUUGAUGCAAAGAAGCAGGAGCUUCUAGAGGCAAAAAUGGCUGUUGAAGAAGUGAAAAAACAGCUCAAAAGAGUUUCUGAAAGCAUAGAUGAUCGCAACAAGGAACUCAAGAAAAUCAACACGAAGAAGGCUGAUUCAAAGGGUCGUUUGGAGGAGUAUGAAAAGACACGCCAAAAUGAAGAUAAAAGAGCAGAACAACUUAUUAGUAGAAAAAACAUUUUGCUUGCAAAACAAGAAGAGUUCAACAAGAAAAUCAGAGAACUGGGUCCUUUAUCAUCAGAUGCCUUUGAAAUGCACAAGAAGAAGAGCAUAAAGGAACUAUAUAAAAUGCUGCACAAGUGCAAUGAGCAGUUAAAGCAGUUUAGUCAUGUAAACAAGAAAGCUCUUGAUCAGUAUGCUAACUUUACAGAUCAAAGAGAAGAACUUCAGAAACGACAACAAGAACUUGAUGCUGGUGAUGAGAAAAUCAAAGAACUUAUAUCAGUGCUGGACCAACAUAAGGACGAAUCUAUAGAGCGGACAUUUAAAGGUGUGGCUAAACAUUUUCGAGAAGUAUUUUCUGAACUUGUCCAAGGUGGUCAUGGGAUUUUGAUCAUGAUGAAGAAGAAGGAUGGCGAUCCUGUUGAUAAUGACUAUGAUGAGGAUGGGCCUCUACCUGAUAGAGAGGGACGCGUUGAAAAAUACAUUGGAGUGAAAUUGAAGGUUUCUUUCACCGGACAAGGUGACACACAGUCCAUGAAGCAGUUAUCUGGAGGCCAAAAAACUGUAGUAGUAUUAGCUCUCAUAUUUGCCAUACAGCGAUGUGAUCCUGCUCCCUUUUACCUCUUUGAUGAAAUCGAUGCUGCACUUGACCCUCAAUACCGAACAGCAGUCGGAAAUAUGGUUCGGCGUUUGGCUGAUAUGGCAAACACACAGUUUAUUACAACAACGUUUAGGUCUGAAUUGGUGACAGUUGCUGACAAGAUUUAUGGUGUCACGCAUAAAAACCGUGUUAGUCGUGUCAAUGUUGUCACCAUGGAAGAGGCGUUGGAUUUCAUCGAGCAUGAUCAAUCCCAUAAUGCUGAAUGAGCUAGCUGUAAAUGUAAUUAAUGGAAGAAAGGGUGUAGGAGGAUUUGGUUUGGUAUUAUGUAUAAAGCCAGUAUGCGUCUUCUUGCAUUGUUAACAACCCUUAUUUGAUCUUUUUAGUAUUGUUGUGAUGGUAGAAUUGAUUAAACUUUGGUCCAUGUUUGUGUUUAAUUGGAAAUAUAUUUGUAGAAACUAAGCACGAUAGACAUCAUACUUUAAUCUCUUCCUCUACUGUUGUUAUGGCAUUGCCACAUCAUUGCCAUAUGGCCGACUUGGUGCCACCCUAGAACCAGAGGUGCAUGUGGCCU